AGAUGGCUAUUCAGUGUUGUUUGUUAACUUUUGUUUGUGGAGAAAUUCGAGUAGCCCAAAGAAUCUCAAAUUCUUGGAACCACUAUUUUAGGUAUUUCCGUUCUUGUUCCUGGAUAUGAGAAUUGAGUGAUUGACCUUGCUUUCCCUAAAAGAUAAACAGGGUAGUUGUUGCAACAGGAUAGAGGUAGGUCUACACUGGGGUAAAAGCAGAGAUCACAGCCAGGAGAAACUUGACUGGAUCCCGAGGCCUCCUCCAGGGUGGGGCGGCAGGGGCGUCUCAAAUCUCCCACCUCUCAGCCCAAGUUUUGGAUUCCUCGUCACCCGCCACACUGCCCGAGCUCCGGACAGACAGACCCCGUGUGCGAGCGUCCCAUUCUUUGUGCUGCGGGGGGCGGGUAAGGGACUCCAGACUGGAGCGAGAGUGACAGCAAAAAGAGCCAGUCUCUUCGAGGCUUCCUGGCAACCUGCCUGUCUUGGCUCCAGGAGGCGGGCACAACAGCUUCGAGGCUACGCUUCCAGCCAAUGGCUGGGGGAUGAGCUAAGGGGCGUGAGUGGGCCUUCACUCCAGCUGGACUUAACAGCCGCUGGCCCCGCCCCUUCGCGAGAACUCUCUGAGCACUGGGCCCGUAUAACAGGAUUGCUGAGGACGCUGGACCCGCAAAAGGCUGUCCCUCCCAAACCUGGGAUUCUGGGCUGAGUUCAUCUGCGAGUCGGCCCUACUUGCACUGCUCCCGUCUAGUACAAGCAGGCUGCUGGCAUUAAGGUCUGCUACUAUGCUGCUGCUGCACAGAGCUAUGGUCCUCAGGCUCCAACAGGCCUGCAGACUCAAGUCAAUCCACUCAAGGCUCUGCAUUCAGGCCUGCUCCACAAAUGAGUCAUUUCAGCCCCAGCGCCCGAGCCUCACCUUCUCUGGUGAUAACGCCAGCACCGGGGGAUGGAGAGUCAUGGGGACCCUAUUAGGUCUUGGUGCAGUGUUGGCCUAUCAGGACCAUCAGUGUAGGGCUGCUCAGGAGUCAACACACAUAUACACUAAGGAGGAAGUGAGUUCCCAUACCAGCCCUGAGACUGGGAUCUGGGUGACUCUGGGCUCUGAGGUCUUUGAUGUCACGGAAUUUGUGGACCUACAUCCAGGGGGGCCAUCAAAGCUGAUGCUAGCAGCUGGGGGUCCCCUAGAGCCCUUCUGGGCCCUCUAUGCUGUUCACAACCAGUCCCAUGUACGUGAGUUACUGGCUCAAUACAAGAUUGGGGAGCUGAACCCUGAAGACAAGGUAGCCCCCACCGUGGAGACCUCUGACCCUUAUGCUGAUGAUCCUGUACGUCAUCCAGCCCUGAAGGUCAACAGCCAGUGCCCCUUUAAUGCAGAGCCCCCGCCUGAGCUGCUGACAGAAAACUACAUCACACCCAACCCUAUCUUCUUCACCCGGAACCAUCUGCCUGUACCUAACGUGGAUCCAGACACCUAUCGCUUACACGUAGUAGGAGCACCUGGGGGUCAGUCACUGUCUCUGUCCCUGGAUGACUUGCACAAGUUUCCCAAGUACGAGAUCACAGUCACUCUGCAGUGUGCUGGCAACCGGCGCUCUGAGAUGACUCAGGUCAAAGAAGUAAAAGGUCUAGAGUGGAGGACAGGAGCCAUCAGCACUGCACGCUGGGGUGGCGCACGGCUCUGUGAUGUGUUAGCCCAGGCUGGCCACCAACUCUGUGAAACUGAGGCCCACGUCUGCUUUGAAGGACUGGACUCAGACCCUACUGGGACUGCCUAUGGAGCAUCCAUCCCUCUGGCUCGGGCCAUGGACCCUGAAGCUGAGGUCCUGCUGGCAUAUGAGAUGAAUGGGCAGCCUCUGCCUCGUGACCAUGGCUUUCCUGUGCGUGUGGUGGUUCCUGGAGUGGUGGGUGCCCGCCAUGUCAAAUGGUUGGGCAGAGUAAGUGUGCAGCCAGAGGAAAGUUACAGCCACUGGCAACGGCGGGAUUACAAAGGCUUCUCUCCAUCUGUGGACUGGGACACUGUCAAUUUUGACUCUGCUCCAUCCAUUCAGGAACUUCCUGUCCAGUCGGCCAUCACAGAGCCCCAGGAUGGAGAGACUGUAGAGUCAGGGGAAGUGACCAUCAAGGGCUAUGCAUGGAGUGGUGGUGGCAGGGCUGUGAUCCGGGUGGAUGUGUCUUUGGAUGGGGGCCUAACCUGGCAGGUGGCUGAGCUGGAUGGAGAGGAACAGCGCCCCAGGAAGGCCUGGGCAUGGCGUCUGUGGCAGUUGCAAGUCCCUGUGCCAGCUGGACAGAAGGAACUGAACAUUGUUUGUAAGGCUGUGGAUGAUGGCUACAAUGUGCAGCCAGACACCGUGGCCCCAAUCUGGAACCUGCGAGGUGUGCUUAGCAAUGCCUGGCAUCGUGUCCACGUCCAUGUCGCCCCAUGAGCAUAGAAAGGAGCCACCUCAACCCCUUUCCCCACCUACUGGCCUCACUGCUUCAGAAAAAUCUUUCCCAUCUCUCAACAUCUUGGAUCACAACUCUGGCCUUCCUAAGCCAUACCCAAGUACACAUAUAGCACAUUUCACCCAGGGACCCUGCCUCUUUGAACAGUAUGUUACAUACCCCUCUUGGCCUUUGAACCUGUGCUGGGAAGUGUGAGCUGUUACAGUAAGGGGCUAGAAGUAAGACAAGUAAUUCUGGAGACAAGCACUAUUUUGUCUUCCUACCCCACCUCCAUUUCUAAUGCCUACUGCCAUCAAGGCCUUGUUUUGCUUUUCAUUUUGGAUUCUUCAGAGAAAUGUGUGUGGCAUGUGUAAGAAAAGUGUAUAUACUAUUUUCUACUGCCUCUCCAGGUUGCCAGAGGGUUGUGAGGAAAGCAAGGGGUCCAACUGUCUCCUUUUAUAGCUCUACUUUUCUAAGAGUCUGUUUAAGAUCAU